AUGACUUUUAUUCUUUCUUUCUUUCUUUCUUUCUUUCUUUCUUUCUUUCUUUCUUUUCUCCUUCUUUUUUUAUUUUCCAUAUCUCUUUCUCUCGCUUUCCUUCUUUCUUUCUUUCUUUUCUCCUUGUUUGUUAGUCAGUUUACCGUGGUUGCUUCAUUCUUUCUUUUUAUUUUCCAUAGUCUCUUUCUCUCGAUUUCUUUCUUUCUUUCUUUCUUUCUUUCUUUCUUUCUUUUCUCCUUCUUUUUUAUUUUCCAUAUCUCUUUCUCUCGCUUUCCUUCUUUCUUACUUUCUUUCUUUCUUUCUUUCUUUCUUUCUUUCUUUCUUUUCUCCUUGUUUGUUAGUCAGUUUACCUUGAUUGCUUCAUUCUUUCUUUUUAUUUUCCAUAUUCUCUUUCUCUCGAUUUCUUUCUUUCUUUCUUUCUUUCUUUCUUUCUUUCUUUCUUUCUUUCUUUCUUUCUUUCUCCAGAAUGAAGCAAUUAAACUUUUUUUAUUUUCCAUAUCUUUUUCUCCCGCUUUCUUUCUUUCUUUCUUUCUUUCUUUCUUUCUUUCUUUCUUUCUUUCUUUCUUUCUUUCUUGUUCAUAUCCCUUGAUUGCUUCAUUCAUUUUUGUUUCUGUUUUUUUUUCUCUUUCUUUAUCCUUUACUUUAUCUUGUUUGUUUCAUUAUUUCUUUCCAUUUCCUAUCCUUUUAUUUUCCAUAUUCUCAUUUCUUUCCCUUGAUUGCUUCUUUCUUUCUUUCCAUUUUCUGACUCUUUAUUUUCCAUAUUCUUUUCUUUCGUCGUUUUUCCUUUCAUUUUUUCUUUCUUGUUUGUUAGAAUGUUUCCAUUUAUUGCUUCAUUUUUUCUUUCUUUUCAUUUUCCAUAUUACCUUUCUCUCGCUUUUCUUUUUUCAUUCAUUCUUUCUAUUUUUCUUUUUCUUUCUUUCUUUCAAUUUUCUGUCUUUCUUGUCACAAUUCCCUUUCUUUCUUCUUUCUUUCUUUCUUUCGUACUUUCUUUCUUUUUUUUUAUCUUUUACCAUCCUCAAAUACUGGUUGAAGGGCUACGCUCGUAGAUAUAGAUAUUUACAUAUCACAAUUGGCCAUAUCUAUCUAUCUAUCUAUCUAUCUAUCUAUCUAUCUGUCACAGUCUGUUCACAUGUCACUCGCUCUAUCAAUUACUGUCUGUUCCCAUCUAUCUAUCUAUCUAUCUAUCUAUUACAGUCUGUUCACAUAUUUCUAUCUAUCUAUCACGACCUGUUCACAUCUAUCUAUCUAUCUAUCUAUCUAUCUAUCUAUCUAUCUAUCUAUCUAUCUAUCUAUCACCGUCUAAUAGAUGUGUUCCACUAUAACACACGGUUUGUUCACAUCUAUCUAUCUAUCUAUCUAUCUAUCACGGUCUGUUCAUAUCUAUCUAUCUAUCACGGUCUGUUCACAUCUAUCUCUCUAUCACGGUCUGUUCACAUCUAUCUAUCUAUCUAUCACACGAAUUUUUUUUAG